AUGAAGAGAAAUUCUACACAAGUGGUUGGUGAAGUUAGCAACACUCAACACUUGGAAUCAAAGCUCUUGGAUUUGACUAAUGUGCUAAGUCAAAUGGUGGUGGAAAGUGGUCAACAAUUGAUGGUGUGUGGCACUUGUGCAAUGACGGGCCAUUAUACGGAUAAGUGUCCCACACUUGGAAGUGAACUGGAAGAUGUGAAUGCAAUUGGCGGAUAUCAAAGUCAACCAAGACCCACGAGAUUUCAAAACAAUUUCAACCCAAAUUGGAGGAAUAACCAAAACAACCCUUAUCCACCAAAGCAAAAUCCACCAAAUCUUUUGAUGAGACCCCAACAUCCACAAUACCAAUCCCAAAAACCUCCAUAUCCACAAAAGUCUUAUAACCCUCCAAAUUACCAACAACCUCCACAACAAGGCCAAUCAAUUGGUACCCAUCAAAUGAGCCUUCAAGAAAUUGUCACUUCUCUUGCUCAAAGCCAAACCCAAUUUCAACAAGAAACCAAGAAUACUUUCUCCAACAUUCAAGCACAAAUUGGAGACUUGGCAACCGCUAUCAACAAGAUAGAACAAAGGGAAAGCAACCCUAAAAGAGUUUCAAGAGAAGAAGAAUAUGAGGUUAUUGUUGUUGAGAAUUCAAAGGUUGAACCUACUCCAAAGGAACCGGUUGUGCCAAAUGUUGAUCAACCCAAUCCUUCCAACAAACCCAUCAAACCAUUGAUCAUACGACCUCCCUUCCCUUCCCGGUUAGCCUUUUCCAAGAAGAUAGAAGAAGAAAAUAAAUUAUUUGAAACUUUCCGCAAGGUCCAAAUCAACAUUCCACUAUUGAAUGCUAUUAAGCAAAUUCCAAGUUAUGCAAAAUUCCUCAAGGAUUUACGCACCAAGAAGAGAAAACUCAAGGCAAAUGAAAAGAUUCAAGUUAAUGCAAAUGUGUCUGCGGUUAUCCAAAAGAAGUUACCUCCCAAAUGCAAGGAUCCGGGGAUAUUUUCUAUCCCUUGUACCAUUGGUGAUUUGAAUGUCGAAAGUGCCAUGCUAGAUCUUGGAGCCUCGAUCAAUGUGAUGCCAUAUUCGGUUUUUCAAUCUCUCAAUGUUGGACCUUUGGAAGAAACUGGAGUAAUCAUUCAAUUAGCAGACAAGUCAAGUGUGUCUCCAAGAGGAGUGUUGGAGGAUGUGUUAGUACAAGUUAAUCAACUUGUUUUUCCGACGGAUUUUUAUGUCAUUGAUCUUAAAGAGAAGACUCCUUCCAAAUCAUCUAUGAUCCUCCUUGGAAGACCUUUCAUGCAUACCGCUCACACAAUCAUUGAUGUCCAUAAAGGAAAGAUAACUAUGGAGUUUGAUGGAGAAACCAUUCACUUCAACAUCUUUGAAGGAAUGAGGUACCCUAGUAACAUUUCUCCAUUGUAUCGGGUUGAUGUGACUGAGCCAAUAAAUAAGAUAAUCCCUAAUGUAUGCACAGACAAGAUAAUCAUGGAAGAUGAUUGUAAUCCUAAGAGGGAACCUCAAAGAAGAUUGGAUCCUCCAAUGAUGGAAGUGGUCAAGAAGAAGAUAAUUAAAAGGUUCAAAAGGUGCAAUGAGAAGAAAAAGGCAUUUCAUGACAAGCACAUAACCCAAAAACACUUUAUUCCGAGUCAAAAAGUUCUUCUUUAUCAUUCACGCUUAAAGCUAUUCCCGGGAAAAUUGCGAUCUCGAUGGCAUGGACCUUUUAUUGUUAUAAAAGUGUUUGAUCCUAGUGUGUUUGAAAUCAAGAGUUUGGAAACAAAACAAAUCUUCAAAGUGAAUGGGCACCAUUUGAAACUAUUUUAUGAAGGCUUUGACACAGGAGAAUUCGACAACAUAACAAUGGAAACACCGAUUUACGAAGGUUGA